AUGACGACAAGGGAUACAGUGCUGGCCGGGAUAUGGUCAGACGUCUGGACAUUGUAACUCAUAUUGGCAUUUGGUACUCCAGACCCCUUACCAGCACCCCAAGAGAAACUCCUUGACUUCAGAAGAGUCUUCUUGGGGGAAUGUUUUAAAGAGAUUUAUACUAGGAUCUCUGGAACAAGGUUUGAAAGAUGCCUGACUGCUCAGUCUAAUCUCUCCUCAGCAGAUGUGUGCUCAUAUGAGGGAAACUUUACAGACAGCACAGCAGGCCGGAGACCUGUGGUGCUGUCCUACGUGAUGUCUCCUCACCUGCACCAGAUAUCAGACAAUAGCAUUUGCACCUCAGUAGGCAAAGGGAAAUCCUGCAGCAUUGAAGCGGUCCUCAGGGCCACUUCACGAUUCCAGAGUUGGGUCCGCUCCAACCUACUGCUUCCCAGCAUGAUGAAGGGUCCGGUAAACCCGAUGCUGCGCUGUCCAUCUCAGAGGCUGCUGGACCGCAGUGUGGCUGAUGUGGGAAGUGUGCAGAUGAAUUACUUCAGUGAAAAGGACAAACUCAGGCUUCUUUAUACCCUGACUGUCAAUCAACAACCUCUCAUACUGCAGAUUUUUCUGCCUACAGAAUGUUCCAGGUCCUUCCUCCGCUACCAGGGCUCCUGUGGAAGGAUGAUGGUUUGGGCACGAAGAAAAGCUUUCAGGAGCCCAUUUUCCUCUCCGCUGGAGCGCCGUGCAGACAUUACCUAUCAACUUCUUCACAUUACCCAGAGCCUGAGCUCUAACAGCCUCUUCUACUCCAUGUUCUACACCAAAGCCUCAGAGGACAUGUUUGGUACCUUGGAUGAUAGCAGGGUCUUUAUUGUGGAUACCUAAUUAAUUACACUCCUCCUUCCUGUAGGAUACCCCCCUGAUGAAGACUUGCUACCAGAGCAUCAUCUCCUGUCUCGGUUGUCUCGUGAAAGACUUCCUCCGUGUGAAACUGUUCGAGCCGCACAGAGUUUUAUCUUACUUUGCAAACAUGUCAUUAACAAUCUACUCGUGCCUAAUGAUCUGCAGUCAGGUCAUCAAGAAGCGGUCAGUGUGCUUGCUAUCUGUGCGGACCAAUCUCAGUCUGAGCAAAGAAGAAUUACUGCUGUCCAAACCUUUAAAGACAUUAUAAAGACAUUAAGGCCAUGCAGUUCUCAUAGGUAUCCUGCAUGCCUCUGUAGUGACAGGUUCUAG